CCACUCCAAGUUGUACAUCGCUGUAAAUACGAAUGCCGAGACGACGUUGCCUACUGAAAAUAAUCACGAGAGAGAAGGGACGCGAUGCAAAGCCAUGUCUUCGUUCGUCGCACAUCGCGACGCCACAAAAGCGAUCAACGGGCGUCGGCAUCCCCGUAACGGCAAUCUCCUUUGAUCCUGUUUUUCACAUAAAGGCUAUUCUUUUAAAAUUAUCAAUAGAUAUAUGUAAGCAAUAUGUUGCGAAAAUUUUUUCUAUGUCGAGAGUGAAUCGACAGAUUUAUUAAUAUUAACUGUGAUUCCAUCGUGAUUUUUGAUUCUGGUUACAAAAGAAGUUCUCAAGAAGAAAAGUAAAACAUUUUUAGGCGUGGCAGAUUCGUGGUGCAUCAAAGUAAUUUCAAAAAUAACAUUCGAACAUAUUCGUGAACUUUUGUAAUCGUAUUUUACGUUUCUAAAACAAGAUGCGAUAUUCAAAAUAUUUAAAUUGUUACUAUUUUUAAUAAUAAAAAGACUGUUUUACGUAACUAUGAGCGAUAAACAUCCCACAAGGAGGAAUUGGAUGGAACAAAGAGCUUGUAAACGACCCGAUCAACAUUAAGAGCCAGCUUUGAAAUUCGACUAGUUGAUUAAACAUUGGAAAGAGUCAAAAGGCGGUGGUGAGAUUAUACUGAAGGCACCUUUCGGACGUCGGUGAUGAUUCGCAGAUUCAUACUGUUCCAUCCACAUAUUGCCAGGGUAAAUAGUGUCCGAAUAAACCAGAUUCUAAACUGAUUAUAAUCAUUCGGCACGCGAUCGUUUCUUCGGUUUUGCCAAAUAUAAUUGAGAGAAUCGAUAAAACUGUGAAUCGGAGAAGAUUUUGCCAAAAAUCGUUGUUGAUUCAUGGAUCGAUGGUACUGACCUCGGAUUUCAACGUAUGUACGUAUAUAUGUUAUCAACUUGAAAUCUUGUCGCUUGGGCAAAAAUGGCGAAAAACGGUAGACCCGUAGUCGAAGAAUGUAAUAUUCAAGAUUUCGAUAAAAGAGCGCGAAAGCAUAACAGAAUCAAUAAGAACAAGGAAAAAUUCGAGGAAACAAAUUUACCAUGUCCACCACCCGAUCCUUGGACAUCUCCGAAAUACUCACAACCUGUUCAUAGUUCAUCCGUAGAACCAUCGCAAGAAGAAGAUGACAUCAUCGCUUAUUUAGCGAGUAUUCGUACAUCACCACCGUGCGAUAGUCGUAACUCUGAUUGUUUAUCAAGAAAUUCAGCGACGUCGACGAUGGCCGUGGCGAAUCUCUAUACGGAGGAAUCCUUCGAGCAACUGGACAGGAUCUACGAAAUGGCGGAGCAAAUACUGGAACUCCGCGAUCGUAGCUCGAAACUAUUCAAACGUGUUAGAGAGUUAGAAAGAAUAAAGGUAUUGAGAACGGCGGAUUUGCGUGCGGAGAAAGCAAUUUUGGCUAAUAAGGACAUAAGUAGUGAUUUACCAGAUGAGGAUGCUGGUUUUGCCGAAUCUUUAUUAGACGCAAUAAUAUCGAGCAGUCGAGAUUCUCAAUUUCAAAGACGAAAUCCGAGAUCACCGGCUUUUUCGAGACAAAGAAGCCGAUCGCUUGCCAUGUCUGAACAAUCCUUGCCACGAUCACCAAAUCUGGGUAAUCGUUCGGCACUUGGUAUAGAGAAGACUAUCUUCAGGAAUGAAACUUCUGGUGUACCGAAAGUUUCUAAAUGGACCAGAGUAAAGGCUGCUUUCAAGUGGGAGAGAGCCUGUCCCAAUGAUAUGACAGAUUCAAACAUCGAACAAACAUCAACGACACCGAGCACACCAACUACGAAGUAUCUUCGAAUUCCAGAUAUUGCAUCUGGAAAUUGGUCCUGUACAGGAGAACUCUCGGGACCCUCCACGCCACUCGGCCGACCCUCCUCAGCUUUUUCUUCCAACGAAGAUGUAUUCGAUCGUCAACGAAAAUACAUAUCUGACUCUGCUGAUCAACGAAUGUCCCGAGCGAAAGAAGUUCCGAAAAAAAACGAAUCUAACAAAUCGUCCGAAGAUGACGUUACCGUAACUAUCAACGACGACACUAUACAGCAUGCGAGGGAAAUAUGUGAGACUAAUCAAGAAAAACCAUUAAUUCGAAUCGCGACGGAGAUUACUCCUGAAUUGCAAAUCAAUAUAUCUGAUUUGAAAUCUUCAUCGAGUUCUGAUAAAGAUACAGAAGCUACACUUAAAAAUCUAACACCAACUUUAACUAUCACAAUACCAUCUAGCGAAGAGGAAUUCAGAAACAUUACUUCGCCAGAAUCUGCUUCACCACUUCCUUCUAGCACGCUUGAUUCCGGUCAAAAUUCACCGCAUCAAGCAAAGGCUCGUCAAAGUGGCCAGAGUUUGACGGAAUUUAAACAACAGCGAUCCAUUGUGGAAGAAUCGGCUUCAAAAAUCCAGAGAAUGGAUUCUAAGUGGAACAAAGUUAGACGAGCUUUUCUAUCCAAUACUGCUUUCAGUGUCCCACCAAGUCCAGUGAGAGUAAUAGCUAGACAAUCUUUUCUUCAGGAUGAAUCAGAAACACCUAGAGCUCGUAGUUGCAGUGGCAGUGUAGAGGAUUUAUCCAAGAACUUCAUGUCAAAUACUCAACUGGAAACUCGACGAGAUUAUCAAGCAUUGCGCGAAAAACUUGGAGCUGAGUUUCAUCAAAAACUAAUAGAAUGGGAACGUUUAAAGAGAUCUACGGGAGGCAGUACGAAAAGUACUCGAGAUGCAUUUAUUCCCAGCAAUGGAACAACACCAAGUAGUCCUCACGAGAGUUUGCUUUUGGCGGAAGAAAGAUUAGCUCCAGAAUUCAAGAAGAAACUUCAAGAGUGGAAACGGUCGAAAAAAGGACGAAGAGCAAGUGCUUCCACAGAAUCUCAACGAGUUAAUCGACGACGCUUAACGGAUUGGCAGCUUUGGCUGUAUCCUUCAAAACCGGAGAUGAAAGCUCAGGAAGUGAUGGGUCCUCGUCGUAGCUGUGGAAGCGUUGGAAGUACCGGUAGCAUUGGAAGCGAUAGCAGACUUCACUUAUGUGAGGAUUUCGUAAAAAGAAUGGAAGCUUGGAGAAGACUUAGCGAGGUAUCAAGAAGGCCACCAUCUGCUCGAUUAGGUUUCACCUCCGGUAUCGUGGACGAGACAGAAUUUCUUGCUUUAGACAGAAUUCUUUCACUUUUUGGAAACCUCGAACAGGAAACUCAACAGGAUAGUGAUUGGUUUAAAAAAAAAUCAAAUUUGAUCGAAAAGUCGCAAAAUUUAAAAUCUGGUAAUGAAAUUUUAAUCCGGACAUCAGUUGGUUCUUAUCGCUUCGAAGGAAUAUCUCAAGAAUUUACCAGGAAAUUAUAUGAUUGGGAAAAGUCUCGUGGUAUAUCCCCGAGAUCUUCAACAUUUCGUUUAUUAGAUCCAGCUUAUGCGUCUCUUAUAGAAACGGUGAACGAUUCAACGACGACUGAUGACACAACUCCAGCAGAUGAAGAGGAAGUCUUCCUUAAUGGUAUCAAGAGAUCUAAAUCGGUUGGAAGUGUUGUUGAAGCUAGUGAACGUAUGCAAGUAUUUGUUCGUCGCUCUGCUAGUUUAUGUUCGUUGAACUAUUUGACUGAAAAAUUGAAAGGAACAAAUCUUAUGGCUGAUUCUCCAGCACCUGUAGAUUCAGAGAGAAGGCCAGACACCUCGGAAGAUGGGAUCAUUGACGAUUUUGAACCAGAGGCUAUGAUAGUCGAUAUCGAGGACGUCAUCGAAGAAACGGCUAGUCCCUUGAGAAGAAUUCAGCCGCAUCAGACUCCAGUUUACUCUGUAGCAGCCAGCGAAACGACUAGUAUAGCUGUACCUCUUGGUAUGGUGACGUCUAGUCAUGAACCAUCUCCAGCGAUUUUGAUGGAAGUCGAAGAUGAUCCGGAUAGAGAACAUUGGGAAUCAAGAAGCUGGAAUUUGAGGGCUGAUCUUUCGAGUCGGAAUUCUUCUGUUCCAGGCAAUUGGCUUCCAUUAUGGGACGAGAAGACACAUUUUUCAGCAUAUGAUAAGACUAACCCAGAGUUUGAAGAAGAUCGACAUCGAAGAUCAAAUCAUUGCUACCAAUAUGUUUCCGAUCAAAAAACGUGGCCGACUGUUGGCUGGAAUAAAACAAUUAAGUAUCCAUCUGAUCACUCCUUCGAAUUAAUUCAAAAUGAGCGAUUGUUUGAUAAUAACGAGGAAGAAUUUAAUUGCAUGAAUUUGAAAAGUGAUAUACUAGAUAUUCGUUUUGGUGGCAACAAAGAUGAUAAUACGAACAAAACUUGGAUGAUGACUAAUGAAUGUAUUGAAGAUACACUUGUACAUAAUGUGUCCAAAUCCGAGGAUAUUCCGACUACAACUACGGAAACUAGAGCUAUGGAAGAAAUGGAAGAACCAAUGAUAAGUUUUAUCAUAACACGAUCGAAAUUAGCGUCCUGUCGGUACAACCAGGAGUUGCCGUACGAGAAUAACGAGGAACAAAGGAGCGAAAAGAAGGAGCUGAAAAAAGACGAGGAUGAAAACGACGUUGACGACAAAAACGAUGACAAGAAAGAAAUCCCUGAUAGAAACAAGAACGACAGAGACUUAAACUUCUCUUAUCAUCAUCAAUCUGGAACUGUACACAUUGUUGAUAAUAUAGGAAACUUUUCGAGAAGUUCUACUGUAUCUUCGAAGUCUGGAUCGGACUUCUUUUGGAAUAAUGAUGUUGAUGCAAGUGAAAUCUCAAAGAAAGAAAAAAAUAUUGAAGAUGAGUUCUGUGAAGAUAAAAAAAUAUUUCAAUUACGUCAAUACACUGAUGUUAAUACUAUGAGAUGCUCUCACGAUUUUUCUUCCUCCAAUAUUAUUGAAAAUAAACAUGACAACAGUGAAAAAAUUCAAAACACAGAAAUUUCGAAGGAAGAAGAGAUUGCGAGGGAAAACAUAUCACUCGUAAAAGAAAUUGAAACAAUCAGAAAAACAGAAGAGAAACAAUACCGUUCCUUCGAGAAGAUAUCAACGCCAUUUAAGAAUGGUAAUCUGGAAUAUCGUGAGCCAACCAUUAGAACGACGCCAUUAACUGUAUUGACGCAUGGCGGAGCACGUUGCGUUGAAAGGAUCAUCAUCAACGAAGAAACUCUAAAGAAGAUAGUCGUUCCUACGGCGAGUAGCGACAGUGCGAGCAACUCGUCAAGAUCGAAGAAGAAUGAGACUUCGAAUACUUUCAACAAUUAUUCAAACUUGGAUGGAGCUUGUAACGACAACAACAAGCUUCCUCUUAAACUUGACUCUCACGUUGUAAAUCAAAAUGUGAAUAAUGGCGUACGAGCGAAACAGAAAGCAGAAUCUACUUCUCGAAACGUUUUCAUAAAGACCAAACGUAUGAUAUUUUCAACUUUUCGUCGUGCUUCUCAUGAAAGAGAUAUCGACGAGUCCAAUUCAAAUCGAGUGGAAAGACCAAAAAGCAAGAGUAAGAGUAAAUCGAGAUCGGCAUCGCCGAGAACUUCGCGACAUGAGACAGUGCCUCGUACGCCUCUAUCUCUUCCAUGGAUUCUUCGAUCUUCCUCGAAAGAGCCAGAAAAAAAGAAAUAUCACAGGCGUACAUGUUCAGGGGAAGACCGUGUUGUUCAGAACAAUAAAAUAAUAACUGAAAAAGAAGGAAAGAAAAUUAGUAUCGAAAAUCUGAAAAUUAGCUCAAGUACGCGUGACGAAGAAAUUGAUAAAGAGAUCGCAUAUGUCGAAGAAAAAAAAGUAAUAGAGAAGAAAGAUGAGGAAAAUAAAAAAGUUUAUAGAAAUCCUAUUGACGACGGGUACGAAGAAAUUAUAGUUCGAGAGACUGAACAGGAUCAUCGUUUAUCUGUCGUACCAAUUUUCGGAAUACAGGAAGAAGAUGAAACAGAGCGUUCCAUGAUAACUGAGGAUAAAUUGCCUUCAGAUCUUGUACACAAAUUACGGAUCCUUUCAAAUGUGGCGGCGAAAAGAGACGGUAGAAUUGGUAGUUGUAUUGCUACAACAACAACAGAGUCACGGAGUUCGAGAAUACAACGUGCAAAAGAAGGCUUUCUUUCGCGUCGUGGUGGUCCCUUAUGUCAGUCCAUGGUAGAGCCUUUGACACCCAUAACUUCAAAUCAAAAGGACAAUCCACUUUUCAUAAACGAUCACAAAGAUUUGACUUUGAACAUCGAAAAUAUAAAUUGUGAAGAUACUAAUCGGGAUCUUACAGUUGAAUGUCCGAUUCAACCGUCAUCCGUUUCACAAUCAGCAACCUUUCCUCAGAAUUCGAAUUCCAAGUCUGAUUUGGUAAAAUCUGCGAGCGCAGGAAUGAUAAACGUCGAUCCGGAUACUUUUGGUCGGCUUGCUAGUAGUAACCGUGGAUGUGAAUCCUUACCACGAACGAUAUCGAAGCGACGAGAUUCUGAUGGACCCUUAGCAAGAAUAGUCAAUAAAUUAAGGAUUUCAAAAUUGAUGCGAGGGAAGGACAAUGAAGAUGGAAAUAUGAGUACGAUCUCCACGUUGUGUCGGCAAAGUUUACUUAUUGACGUUCGUCCCGAUCUCGAGGAAAGCCAUGAAAACGAAAAUCGGUCGGACGAAGACAAGAAUGAAAAUAGCAAGGAAUAUCGGUGAUGCUAAAGUGAUAAAAAGAAGAAUUGAGAUUUAUGAUUGACGAUGUUUAACGGUUUAAUAGUAUUCCGUAAAUUACAAUUAACUAUUUUAUCAAAUAGAAAUGAAUAAUGCGAAGAGCUAAGUAUAUCUAUUCAUUUUCAUAAUGUACUAUUUUCAUACAUUAAUGAUGCUUAAGGAAGAGAAAUUUAAAUAAUAAAUGACAUGAAAUAUUUUA